AUGCCCUUUUUUAAACCACCAAAUUUCGCAAUGAUAGCUGCUGCCACAGAAAAUUGGGGAAUUGGUAUCAAUAAUAAAUUACCCUGGAAACUUAAAUUAGAUAUGGCAUAUUUCGAAAGAACUUCCAAACGAAUAUUACAAACGGAGGAUAAUACAAUUCAAAAUGCCGCAAUUAUGGGACGUAAGACGUGGGAUUCUAUACCGCCAAAGUUUCGACCACUUCGAAAUCGAUUAAAUGUCGUAAUAUCAAAAAGUCUCAAUAAAGAAGAAACCAUAGAUGCGAAUCAAGUGAUUUAUUCAUCUUUAGAUGAAGCGAUAACAGAUCUUACCAACUCUCCAAAGGUUUCAAGAUUAUUUGUAAUAGGAGGAUCCCAAAUUUAUAAAGAAGCAAUUACUUCACCAAAUUGUGUUUAUAUACUUUUAACAAGAAUAUAUAAAUAUUUUGAAUGCGAUACAUUUUUUCCCGAAAUAGAUGAACAAGUGUUUAGUUUAGCAACUCACGAGGAAUUAGAAGAGGUCGUCGGUGAACAAGUUCCUAAAGGACGUCAAGUUGAUAAUGGACUAGAAUAUGAAUUUUUAUUAUAUAAACGGAUAAGAUAA